AUGAAGCAGCACGUCUCCGUACAAGAACUUUCGGCUUCCAGCCUCUCACCCUCCAGCAGCAGACCUCUCGAAAUCCUGCCGGGUCAUCGGAAAGUCAGGUUCGCUCUAGAGCAUCGUCUUCAAUUCAUUGAGAGCCGGAAGAGCAACAGGCGGUCUACGAGGAUGGCCAAGCAGAUCCAUAUGAUCGACGAAGCUGCGAAACUCUUCAACGAGAACUACGGCACUUGGGGUCCAUAUUCGGAGAAACCAGGAAAACCUGUCAAACUCAGCACAAAGAGACUGCGAGAGCAAUAUCUGGCCGAUCCCGCAAGCUCUGACACCCGAGUUACUGUCGACGGCAUUCUUGCUGGAAAUGCCUUUGUGUGCCGUUGGAAGUAUCAAGACAGCAUCAUCUGUUGGGUCACUCAGUUAAUUGUACACAAGGAAUAUCGUGAUCAUGGCCUCGCUACCAGUCUUCUGCGUUCACUCAGGCUCGAUACAGACGACAUCUAUGGCCUUAUGAGUUCACAUCCACACGCAUGCUUAGCAGCUGCUAAGUCCUUUGGAACGAACGCAGCUGGAAUCAUAGGGGCUUCGCCAGUAUCCUAUAUCAAAGAUGCGAAGUUGUGCGGCGACCUCUUUGAUCCUGAUGAUACGAGCGGCCUCAUUUCUGGCGUUAAUACCUUCUUUUUCGUGGACCAUGAGGAACCAUUGCAGGCUUUGACUUCGAUUCAACAAGAUUGGAAGUGGCCAUUUGGCAGCCUGCCGGAGGGUAAGGAGUUUCUCCUUCUGCUGAAGACUCGUCAAUCGAGAUCGCGGUCUUCAUCAGCAAGUGGAAGGGAUCCUGCCAACCCAUCUGGGUAGCUAUUAAGUAGUUUUCGCUCCCAUGUACACAGAGGAACAGGGCUCGAGCUUGCAAGAUCGGGAUGAGAGAGAUGUAACUGGAAAGGAACAUCAUGGCUGUGGGGCCGGUGUGUAUGGGUCGUCCUACCAUCUUCACCAUCGAAAACUGAGCUUGGUGGGCGGCGAGCACUGUGCGGGACUUCAGCCGUUAGCGCAAGGGCGAUCGGCCAGGGGCUGGUGGCGUCAGCCUCUUGCUGGGACCGCCUUUCCCAUUUCAUAUUUUCCAUGUCCCCUUGCCGCUACAUUCCCAACGUUCCACCACAACCAGCCCAUUGGCGUUUGGAUGAGCGAAGGCCCACCUGCGCUACAGAACUUUUCUUGGAGAGACGAGACGAGGUAGACUAAUUUUGC